GAGAUUUCUUUGAAUUUUGUAGAUGCAGCUAUGAUUGGCAUUAGUAGUUAAAUUAGCCUCUGUAAGUUUGUAUUUGUUAAACACUGUCGUGUCACUGACAUGAAUGCGAAAGUGUCUUUGAGUUCAGCACGUUAGCUUUCGGUUAGUAAGCAAGCUAGCACAGCUAAGCUGUGUCACCCUGGUCUAACCAGGCCGGUUUAGCGGGUGACAGUGUGCCAUUCAAGGGUUAGCUAGUGCAGAUUAGCUAUGUUUAACACUGCAAUGUAUUAGCGCUCAAAAUGGUUGAUCCUAUCAUACAUUGUAGUUGCUGUUUGUAUAAAUACUUAGUAACCAGCUGAGCUAACGAUGAGUCGGGGGAAGCUACGUUGAGAUGGAUCCUGGACAGGAUUUACUUCUCGCUGCCCUGAGUGAGAGUGGCAUUUGCCCAAAUGAUAUUGGUCUAUUUGAUGUUGAUUUUCAGGAUGUUGCACAGCCCUCUACAACCCAGCAAUCUAUCUCCAUCAAUGCCCUGGAUGUUGGUGUGGGGACAGAGUCAGUGGAUGUUGUUCGAACUGAGCCUCCAGCUCCAGUCCCUAUAGUUACUUUCAGGCACAAACCUCAGCCAUCAACCACCACGUUUGUCUUAAAUCAGCUGAAUCAGUUGCCAUCUCUAGGAGCUGCUGUGACCAAACAAUCAGUCACAAACAAUAUCAAGCAUACCAUAACUGUCACCAAGGUGGUCCAUGUUGCUAAUUCAGCCCUGCGAGGUUCUUCGACCCCCUCCUCCGCAAGUGUUCCUCCUUCAGCGUCCACAGUAGUGCCUUCUAACAGAGAUCAGCAGAUUCAGUUGAAAGACCUCCUUAGGACCGGCAAUGUGAAGGGCACCGGUCUAAAGGCCAACAGUCUGAUGGAGCUCAUGAAGCUAAAGCCUCCGCCUGACAUUACUACACCAGUAGCAACGGCAACAGCGACAGGGGAAGCGAACAAUGGAAUCAAGAAGGAAGUUUUGGGUAAAGAUGCUACCAGGGUCUGGAUUAAUGACAACAUUAAAAUGCAAAACUUCUCACAUUCUCUGAAACCCCCGGGGAUGAAGGAAGAGGAUGAGCCUGAGGAGGAAGAGGAAGAGGAGUUGGGUCAUGCAGAGACCUAUGCGGAGUACAUGCCAAUGAAAUUAAAGGUUGGCCUGCGGCAUCCUGAUCCUGUGGUGGAGACCAGUACCCUGUCCAGUGUUAACCCUCCAGAUGUGUGGUACAGAUUGUCCAUCCCAGAAGAAACCAUCGAUCGUGGCUGCCUGUCUGCUCUGCAGCUGGAAGCAAUCACAUAUGCGGCUCAGCAACAUGAGACAUUCCUCCCUAGCGGUGAUCGUGCUGCCUAUUUGAUUGGCGAUGGAGCUGGUGUGGGGAAAGGCCGAACCAUUGCAGGGAUCAUCUAUGAGAAUUACCUUUUAGGCAGGAAGAGAUCACUUUGGUUUAGUGUCUCAAAUGACUUGAAGUAUGAUGCUGAAAGGGAUUUAAGGGAUAUAGGAGCCAAAAACAUCCAGGUUCACUCACUGAACAAGUUCAAAUAUGGAAAAAUCUCCUCAAAACACAAUGGGAGUGUGAAGAAAGGUGUGAUAUUCGCCACCUACUCUUCCUUGAUAGGAGAGAGCCAAUCGGGAGGGAAGUACAAGACCAGAUUUCAACAGCUUCUUCACUGGUGUGGGGAGGACUUUGACGGAGUCAUUGUCUAUGAUGAAUGUCACAAAGCCAAAAAUGUGUGUCCAAUUGGCUCAUCCAAACCUACAAAAACUGGGCUUGCAGUGUUGGAACUGCAGAACAAACUCCCCAAGGCUCGGGUUGUGUAUGCAAGUGCUACAGGUGCCUCUGAACCGCGAAAUAUGGCCUAUAUGAAUCGGCUUGGCAUCUGGGGACACAAAACACCCUUCAGAGAAUUUGGCAACUUUAUCCAAGCUGUUGAGCGCAGAGGUGUUGGCGCCAUGGAGAUAGUAGCUAUGGACAUGAAACUGAGGGGGAUGUACAUUGCAAGACAGUUGAGUUUCACAGGUGUGACUUUUAAGAUUGAGGAGGUUCCCCUGACUCAGAAAUACAUCAACAUGUACAACAAAUCAGUGAGGCUGUGGGUGAGUGCACGUGAGAAGUUCCAGCAGGCUGCGAACCUGAUGGAUGCAGAGCAACGCAUGAAGAAGUCCAUGUGGGGCCAGUUCUGGUCUGCUCACCAGAGGUUCUUCAAAUACCUAUGCAUUGCCUCCAAAGUCCGCAGAGUGGUCCAGCUGGCCAGAGAGGAGGUCCAAAAUGGAAAGUGUGUGGUGAUAGGUCUUCAGUCCACUGGAGAAGCAAGAACACUUGAGGCCUUGGAGGAAGGAGGAGGAGAGCUCAAUGACUUUGUGUCAACUGCAAAAGGUGUAUUGCAGUCCCUGGUUGAGAAGCACUUUCCAGCUCCUGACAGACAGAAGCUUUAUAGCCUGCUAGGUAUCGACCUCUCGGCUAAGAAAACCCCGUCUCCCAGUGACACUGCAGCACAACCAGAACAGAAGGGCAAGAAAAGGAAAGGUUCAGAGGUCAAAAAGCAGCAGAAAAAGAAGCCUCGCAAGCACGGCGGUUUGUCAGGUACCAGCUCAGAGGAGAGCCAAUCAGAGGAGUCGGACAAAGAGUCUGGUAAAGACAGUGACGACAGCUUCAAAUCUGUCAGCUCAGCGGAUGAAGACGAUGAUUUCAACCCAUUCAGAGACGAGUCUGAUGACGAUGAGGAAGACGAUCCUUGGCUUAUCAGAAAGGAACCAAAGAAAGGGAAAGAGAAGAAGAAGAAAAAGAGAAGGAAGAGCAUUGAUCCAGACUCCAUUCAAAGUGCCUUGUUAGCCUCUGGGCUGGGCUCCACCAGACCAGCUUUCACUGCCCCUGUUAACCCCCCCAGCACACCUGCCACAGUCAAGGCAGAGAGUCAGGACAGCUGCAUAACAAGUCAGGACGCAGUGGAACAUGCCCAGAAAAUGAAGAGAGAUCUACUGGAAAAACUUGAGGAGCUAGCUGAGCAUCUACCCCCCAACACUUUGGAUGAGUUAAUAGAUGAACUGGGAGGACCCGACAAUGUAGCGGAGAUGACUGGCCGCAAAGGUCGCGUGGUCAGUAAUGACGAUGGCAGCAUCACCUAUGAAUCUCGCUCUGAGCUGGACGUCCCAGUGGAAAUCCUCAAUCUCACGGAGAAGCAGAGGUUCAUGGAUGGAGAGAAGAACAUUGCCAUCAUCUCAGAAGCUGCCAGCUCAGGUAUAUCCCUGCAGGCCGAUCGUCGAGUGAAGAACCAGCGGCGGAGAGUCCACAUGACACUAGAGCUACCGUGGAGUGCAGACAGGGCUAUACAGCAGUUCGGGAGAACUCACAGGUCAAACCAGGUCACAGCUCCAGAAUAUGUUUUCCUCAUAUCGGAGCUUGCAGGAGAGCAGAGAUUUGCAUCCAUUGUUGCCAAAAGACUUGAAAGCCUGGGUGCUCUCACUCACGGAGACAGAAGAGCAACAGAAACUCGAGAUCUCAGCAGGUUUAAUUUUGACAACAAAUACGGCAGAAACGCUCUGGAAAUUGUGAUGAAGUCGAUCGUAAAAAUCGAUGCUCCGUUAGUGUCUCCACCCUCUGACUUUAAAGGAGAUUUCUUCAAAGAAAUUCAAAGUGGAUUAAUAGGUGUGGGCCUCAUAAAUGUGGAGGACAGAUCUGGCACAAUGUUGCUGGACAAAGACUACAACAAUAUUGGGAAGUUCCUGAACCGUAUUUUGGGCAUGGAGGUCCAGCAGCAAAAUGCCUUGUUCCAGUACUUUUCUGACACAUUGGGAGCAGUUAUUCAGGAAGCCAAGAAGAAUGGCAGAUAUGACAUGGGCAUUCUUGAUCUGGGCUCUGGUGACGAGAAGGUGAAGAAGGUAGACUGCAGGAAAUUCCUCACACCGGGCUACACCACAUCCGGACACGUUGAACUCUACACCGUGAGUGUGGAGAGGGGAAUGUCCUGGGAGGAAGCCACGCAUGUUUGGGCAGAACAGAACGGACCAGAUGACGGCUUCUAUGUACAGAUGAGGAACAACAGGAAAACAGCCAUACUGGUCAAAGAGGUGAACGCCAAGAAGAGGCUCUUCCUGGUGUACAGGCCAAACACGGGCAGACAGCUCAAACUGGAGACGUACACCGACAUCAAGAAGAAGUUUAAAAAGGUCUUGUCAGAAGACGCCAAGCAGCACUGGACGGACCAGUACGUGUCGUCAGCAAAAAUCUGCUCUCAUGCAUAUUGGCGGGGUAACUGUAAGAAAGCGUCAGUGGGUCUACAGUGUGAAGUGGGUCUUCGGUGUAGGACGUACUACGUUCUGUGUGGCUCGGUGCUCAGUGUGUGGAAUGAGGUGGAGGUAGUGCUCACUCCAGUCAGUGGAACCAAUGUAAAGGUGCAGAUUGUCCGGCUCAGAACAGAAGACGGACAGAGGAUAGUUGGACUGAUCAUUCCAGCGACCUGUGUGUCUGCAUUAAUUAACAAGCUCUCAACGUCGGACCAGUGCCAGCAGCUCGCUGUGCAGGAGCAGCAGAAACGGCAGCAGCUUCACCCCCAAAGUCUCAGUCACGCACCCAACACAUAGUCUGUGGUGGACCGCUCGGCUUCAUGGGCGUUAAUCCCACCUCCAGCCCUUGAGUUCGCAUCCCAGUCUAAAGGGAUCAGACUCAUCAGUCUCUAUCUCUGCACUGCAGGCUCCAGGACCGCUGUCCCUUGUUCUGCACCCUCACGCCCCCCCUUGUCUCUGAGGGUCAGAGGUGUCACACCGAGCUGUGAUGAUUCUCAGAUGUAAAGCAGUGGUUGUACAGAGAAAACAUUUCAGGGUUUUUCUUUCUUUCUUUCUCUCUUUUUUUUUUUUUUUUAAUCUCCAGAGACACUCGUUUUCACCUAGAGAGAUUUGAUGGGUGAAGUUUUGUCCUCUGACAUUCAGAGUGAAAAGAUUUGUGAUACAUUGAUCGAGACAGAGUUGAAACCUAGAGGGCAUGUCGGCCUGUGGCUGUUGAGUUAUCCUCUCCUCGCCCGUUCUUUAAGCUGUUUAGUCCGGACUACCUGGUAUGAAGCAAAGACUUUUUUUCUUGGUUCAGACCAAAAGUGGAUGAGACAAAGACCACUAUGUCUCUGAAAGUCUGAGAACUACCUUGAUUCAUUGAGAAAUGGGCAUUUAAUGUUAAAUUACAAUCCCCAUAUUAAUAUAUGAUAAACUGCUCCUCAGACAUUAUUCAGCACUAAUAUAGAGACAGAAUCAGUUCUUUGAAGUAGAAAACAGAUGCAGAACAUUAGUCCAGUUAACUACAGGAAACCUGAUCUGUGCUAAUUUUCUGAUUUAUUUGUAGUCGUAUUCGCUCAUGGGACAAAAAGCCCAAAAUGUCAUUGUUGUCAGAAUCCACCAGCAUCGUGAUCACAGACCAGUUUGUCUUUUCUCUGGUCUUUUGUUUUGCACAUGGAUCUCAAAUUAAUCAAAGUUCCUAGAUUUUAUUUUUUUGUUUUUUUUAUUUCAAACUUCAUAAUUUUCUUUGUCCAUAUUGUAGCAUUAAAGGAUAGGUUCACAAUGUUUCAAGUCUGUCUUAAAAUAACAGUCAGGUGACCAUAUGAACAUUGGUUUUUCUUGCUGUAAUCAUUCCUCCUGUUCAUACUGGCUGUUAAGAGAUCUCUUCCUAAUGUAUGUUCAAUAAAAGUGAUGGGGGACAAAAUCCACUCCUUUUUUUUUUUUUUUUUUUUUUGUGCAAAAAUGUAUUCAAAAGUUUAUCUGAAGCUACUAUGAGGCUUCAGCAGUCCUCGUUAGUAAAAUCAAGUUAGUCUUUUUUGUACAAAAUCCCCUCUUUAUGUUUCCCUGUUGAGCUGCAGUGGAGGGACGGUAACAAAAAGACAGACUUGAAAAAUUGUGAACUUAUCCUUCAGCCAGGUAUUUGUCAAAUGUGCCUUUUGUAUCAGUACAAAUAGCUACUGCAGUCAGGCACCUUUACAAAGCACUAACAAGACUGUCAGAUUUUUGACUGGUGAAAGAUUUGGUUGUUUUAGCCUCCGGUGGUUUCUGUUUAUAUAAAGUGCAUGAAAGUAAGAAAAUGUUUUCCAAAGAUAAUAUUGAAACAGUAAAAAAUGUGAAGAAUGAGUUAAGUUUGUAUGAGUUAAGCCAAACCAGGCUUUUCUUUUUCAUUCAGCAGCUAUCAGCAGUGUUUUCAUAACCAACACUUUACUUUAAGUCUCCCUAUUUAGCGUUUUAUUAGCAGUAUUCAGUUAUUAAGUGGUUUAUAACAUGCUAUAAUGUAGUUAUAAGCAGAUACAAGGACAUUCAGUAAUAACUUCUCCUAUGAAGACAUGGUUUAUAUUAUUACAACUGUUAUGUGUUAAUAAACACAUAUCUGCUUACAACUGCUUUUAUUAAAUGUUUAUAUACUGCGUAUACAUGCUAAAUACGGGGACUAAAAGUGUUGCUGAAAAUGUUAGUGCCGUGUUCCCACAUUAAAUUUUUUUAGUUUGUGUUGCAGGUUAAAACCACCUCUGGUCUUUACCUCGACUUUGUCUGAGUAAAAUGAUGUCUGGUGUGAUGUCAGUGAUACCUGGCUGAACUAACUGUCAUUCAAAGGACAGGAAACAUGUAAGCAGCCAAGGAAUUCUGAGAAAUGUGAAAUGCAUGUCUGUGACAACGACCGUGGCGUUUUCAAACCGGUUUCAGCUCAGUCUCCAGCACUGCGCUCUGCUCAGAUGUUUAUUUUUAUUUUUAUUUUUUUUUUUUAAAUGGAUUUCUGCUCAGGGGUUAAACUCUUACAAAGACCCUCUUUGGAAAAACAAAACAAAGAAAAUCUUUAGAGUUUUACAAAGUAUCUGAAAUGCAUGACCAUAACUCAAAUGCUCCUUCUAUACCUCUACCCAGUAAUGUAACUCUGUGGCUCCGUGUUUGGCUGUAUUCACAGCUCGUGUAUUCACAGUACAUGUUUAACGCUUCUCUCUAAUUCCUCUGCUUUCUUGAGCCGAGUUGUAAUUAAAAUGGAUGAUUGCUUCUGUUUGAAUAGUGUACCUCUUCUGUUGAGCAAACACCUUUGCCUCCUCAGUCCUAUACUGCAUUAUACUAGCUCUGCACUGGAAGGGACAGACCAAAGUCUGGAUACAUGAGCUGUCCUAAUAGCUGACAAUUAAAGAUGGGAUGUGUUCUUCAUCGCAGUCUGCUCAGACACAUCUUUAACCUGUGGAUUAGCUGCUGUUAAGUGUGUGUAUUAUCUUCUGUUCUUGAUUGAUGCAUUUAAAAACAAGUGAAAUAGGAAGAAGUCUUUGUAUCAUACCAAUGUGCAUUUUGUACACUUUGUAAAAGGAUAAAAUUCUUCAUGCAGCGCGUCUCGGCUGUUGAGACGCUUUACGAAAAGGUCUGCUCUCUAAUUGGAAGUCACAUCUUUUAACUUGAAUGUCCGCCAUUGUGUAAGCCAACGACUCAUGUUUUUAGUUUUGUCUUUUGAGAAGUUGUGUACAUGGGCUGCUGACUUGGUAACAUUAUUUUUUAAAUCCCGUAAAGUGUCGCAGCAGAUCGACUCCUCUGAAGUUGAAACACUUGAAGGACUUUUGUUUGUUUUUUUUUUCCUUUUAUCAUCGCACGAGUUGCACUACUGACAGAGUUGUACAAAUAUUCAACAUGACCUGUACAUGAAUGAGUGCAAUGCUCAAUAAAGCUUGGUAUACUUCUA